CUCUUCUCAGCAUGUCCUCGUCCGCCAGCUCCUCCACGCCCGGCUCGCCCACGCUGCCGCCGUCGCGCCUCGGCACAAAGGCGCACUGGGACGCCGUGUAUGCGCGCGAGGUGGCCAACUUCCGCGAGAAUCCUGACGACGAGGGCGAGGUGUGGUUUGGAGAGACGGCCUCGCGCCGCAUGAUCGCCUCUCUGCGCUCGCUGCUCGCCAACAACAGCCUCGAGGCGCCUUUCAGCGUACUCGACCUCGGCACGGGCAACGGGCUGCUGCUGCACACGCUGCUCGACGCAGACCUCACGCCGCCGGCGCGCAUGAUGGGCAUCGACUACUCCGAGGGCAGCGUCACGCUGGCACGCGAAGUGGCCGAGGCGAGAGGAGAGGGCGCCGAGGAGAUCAGGUGGGCGCAGUGCGACUGUGUGGACGAUGAGGAGGCGGUCAAGCGCCUGGGAGAGUGGGAUGUGCUGCUUGACAAGGGCACGCUGGACGCAAUAGCUCUCUCCUCGCAUGCCUCUGUGCGCUCCUACAUCCGCAGCACGCGCACCCUGCGCGGUGCAUCCGGCAUUCUUCUCCUCACCUCGUGCAACUUCACGCUCGAGGAGCUCAAAGCCCUCUUCCUCGACGACGCGGAGGGGAAGAAGGAUGAGAUUGAGGAGCUGGAGGAGGACAAGAAGCCGAAAUUCUCGUUUGGUGGAAAGACGGGGAAUACGACGACGGCGGUGCUGGUGCGGAGAAGGAAGGAAUGAGAUGGAUUGAC